AUACUUGUUCCAAAGCACCCAUCUCUUUUGUCUCUCAAAUGUCCAUUAACCACUUUGUGUAAACUGAAAGCAAAUCCAUCGAUGGAACCAAAUCCUUCGAAGUCCCUUGAAAAUGAAUGGGAACCCAUGUUUGAUAAACCCUUAACUCCCAGCGAUGUUGGCAAGCUGAACAGGCUUGUAAUCCCCAAACAACACGCGGAGAAAUACUUCCCGCUCGGCGGUGACUCGGGCGAUAACCGUGGGUUGUUGCUGAGUUUUGAGGACGAGUCCGGCAAGUGUUGGGGUUUCCGUUACUCGUAUUGGAACAGCAGUCAAAGCUACGUGUUAACUAAAGGGUGGAGCAGAUACGUCAAAGAGAAGCAACUCGAUGCCGGUGAUGUUAUUUUGUUCCAUCGACACCGCACCGAUUGUGAUAGGUUGUUUAUAAGGUGGAGGAGGCGUGAUGCGGCGGUGGUAGUUGCAGAAGCAGCUGCGAAUGGAAGAAGUGCCGCGAUGGGCGAUAAUAGUGGUGGACAUGGAGGGUGGAGUGGUGGCUGUUUGUAUCGAGCGCACCCUUAUUUUGAGCACAUUCAAGACCUUGGAGCUAAUGUGCUAAACCAACCUGACUGUUUCGGUGCAGGAAGCAUUGUCGAAAAUGAAAAGCAAGGUACAAGAGUUGGGAAUCCAAAGAGGCUGGUGCGGUUAUUUGGGGUGAACCUAGAGUGCCACCAGGUGGAGGACUCCCCACCAUCAACGCUUGCUGGUUCGAUCCUGUCGAGCCACCACGGUCCAACCUCCUACCACUUUUAUUAACCUAAACUACAUGGUAAGGAAUGCAUUUAUAUAAGAACUAAUAAAAUAUGAAGAUUCUAGUCAAGCAUGCCUGUUUAGAUAUUCAUAUCGACUUGAUUUUGGUGCUGCUUCAAAUGAGACAGAUGAACAAAGCAUUCAUAAAGUAAGGUCGACCACUUGUCACGUGCCCCACUUGCAUUACUCUAAUAACCAGACAUCAAUAGAUUAAGAAAAGAAAAUGCCCCAUCCAAGCUGUCGAAUACUGUGGGAGGGUCUUAUCUUUCAUUAAUUAAAUAC